ACUGCCACCGUCAUGGUAGGAGGUCCCGGAUUUACGUGCCGCCGACGACAUUAAACCUCGAUGGCGGGGGAGUCUGUCUAGGUAACACAGGAAGCCUUGACGACUUUUUACUCUCUUGUUUCCGUGCUGUGGACGACAGCAACUAUACCAUUACCAUAGUGACUAAAAUCCGGGCCGGCUCUCGUGGGCAUACGCCAUUCAACCCUUCAAAUUGUGUUUGCCCUGAGCCUGUCUAUAUACCUAAGCGUUGAGUCUGCUCGCGAAGAAUCGUCGAUGGUUUGGAGGCAGACAGACAAAGAUGUUACCUAUUCGCGCCCGUCCGCUAGACCGAACCUCGAAACCUUCAAUAGAUACCCGUUCACUGGUACCUUGCCGGUUCUUCCUCGCGGGGAACUGUCGGAACAAUCCUUGUCCGUUUAGGCACGACAAGGACUCGACUCCUCAGGCUCGCCCGAUCCCUCGGCACGAGACGGAACAGGAUGAAGCCGAGACAGAAGAUUUCUGCCGCACCAUCGCCAGCGCGUAUGUUAAAUUCCAAGACGGCGGCCGGGUUUCGAAAGUCUCCCUUCUCAGUGACUUCUCGGCUGUGCAUCUCACCGGCCUACCCGAGGGUAGUUCUCCCCGAACCGUACGAGCCUUCCUCGCCGAGCACAAAUUUGACGUUCCGGAGAAGGAUAUACGGAUCAUAUAUCUGGAUCGGUCGUUCAGUGCCAACGUGUCGGCCGAGGAUCCCCUAUUUUCUAGGAGGGUAUGCACGCUUACGCAAACCGGGCUCAUGUGGGGGGCCUCCCGGAUCCAGGCAACUCCCGUCGCAGCCCGGAUGCCAUCUGGCCACACCUCGGGACGCGUAGACUGUAAGAAGGUCCACGUGUCGUGGCAUAAGGCUGUCCGCACUGCCUGGCUGAACUUUGGAAACAGCGAAAUUGCUGGGCGAGUGAGCCGAAAGUUCCAAACUGGUGAAUAUAAGAUCCUGGGUUACAAAGUCGUGGCAGACGCACCGUCCCAAGCUUCGACCGCGGUGUUUAGCUCGCGCGGCCGUAACCCCGUGGACUGGACUGUAAGGCUAACCCAAGUUCCGGGGAACGCUACAAAUUCUAAUCUAUCCCGGGCUAUCUCACAUCCUUCGGAUAAGCCGCGCCACAUAGAGCUAGCAGCUCCUGGCUACUCCAUCGACGACGACCAAGCUGCAACCAUUAUUCGAUCACUUUUGACCAGAAUCGGGCCGGUAGAAUAUUGGGAGGUAACGCUGGAGUCUACAGCUAAGCGAGCCAAGGCUACCGCACGCUUUCUUGACGAAACUGACGCUAGAGAUGCGGCCUCUCAGCUCGAUGGGAGCGAGGUUCCGUUCCAUAAACAAGGAAAGCUUACCGUUAAGAUGGUAUACUCCGCCAAAUUCAAGGUCAGGAGUGACCUCUACCACGCCGUCGUGUCCCAGGCGAACGCCCACGCCAAUGUCUGGAAGGAUAAACACGUCUUCCUGCGUGUGUAUCCUAGUUCCAUGUUGCUCAAGGUCGAGGGAGAAUCAGACACGGCAGUGGCCAGUGCCAAGGCCACCCUGGACGGCAUCCUCAGUGGUGUUAUUGCUAAGAGCGGUCAAGUAAGCCUCUGGGAUUCGUCCCUCGGACGGAACGGAAAUCUCUGGAGUUCUAUAAAGCAGCAGCAGCGAGAGCUUGGAGUCGUCGUGGUCCGCGAUAAGGUCAAACAGGAGCUGCGCCUCUUUGGAACUAAUAUGGAAAAAUGUAACGAGGCGCAGAGGCAGCUCGCUAAGCUCUUUAGCAGAGAAUCCCAUACCAUCGAGUUGGACCCUUCCGCAUUGUUCUGGGCUUGCCGCGGGGGAUUCGAAAAGAUUACUAGCAAACUCGGCGCCGACAGGGCGACCUUGGACAUCGUUUCGUCUCCCAAGAAGAUCGUCAUUUCAGGUUCCUUCGAGGACUAUGAUCUUGCACUUGCGCUUGUGAACGACCGCAACGUCGUGGUCCCGUCUAAAUCCGAGGCGCCCUCUAUUGACCCCGUCCUCGCGGAAGACUGUUCCGUUUGCUGGACUACUGCGGACGCCCCUCUCCAGACGGCGUGCGGCCAUGUUUACUGUCAAGAUUGCUUUGAGAAUAGUUGCGUCGCCCCAUCAGCCUCCGGAACUGACUUUUCUCUUCUCUGCCACGGUAAUCGCGGCAAAUGUAAUCGUGAGCUUAGCCUCGACGACCUCCAUAAGCACCUCUCUUCAGCUACCUUCGAGGGCGUGCUAGAGAAGUCCUUCGUGUCCUACGUCCGGCGCCACCCGAACGAACUCCGGUUCUGCCCAACCGCUGAUUGCGGGUACGUCUAUCGGGUCACGACAUCGGCAAAGACGCACACCUGCUCCAACUGCCUGCAGCCGAUCUGCACCGCUUGCCGCGAACCUCAUGUUAACAUGACCUGUGCCGAGUACAAAGACAUCCAGUCGGGCGGCUAUGUUGCCCUUGAGAAGCUGAAGCAAGCAAUUGGAAUCAAGGACUGCCCCAAGUGCAAGACCCCGAUUGAGAAGGUGUCAGGUUGCAAUCACUUGGAGUGCUUGGGAUGCAAAAUCCAUUUCUGCUGGGUGUGCCUGAAGACGUUCUCUGGGGGAGCAGCCGUCUACAGUCACAUGGAGAAAAUGCAUGGAGGUCAUAUCGACUUUCCUUGAGCGCAGAUAAAUAGGUAUACGUCAUGGUCUAAGGGUAGUGUACCCAGCCGUCUGCUCCCCUGCCUUUCUCCUUGUUAUCUCCCUCGAAAGGUCUAACGAUAGUAGCGUUUUUAUCGAUAAUACGGACAGUUUGUGUUUUCUUCGUCUUGGAUAAGUCGACGGCGACGUCUAGAACAACUAUGACCCAGUCAAAGCUUCUCUUCGUGCCGUUAGGAAAGUCGGUGGGAUCGGAAGAGCAAGAGCCCUUAUGGUGCAUGGGGAUGGGCCCAGCCGACCGGCCGGUGCGCGUUGUGGUCACCUCGGGGCACUUCUUAACAUGCUAGGUACAUGCAAGAAAGUCGAGACCGUGGGCUUGUCCACGGCGAGCGGGGCGUAUUAUCUCCCAGUGUCCUAGCAAGCGACCUCGUCGCCACCAACGGAUAACAGCAAAGGAUCCGACUAAGAGGAUUAGACAGGAGGGCCCUUGCUGUAAUAUCGAUUCCUCCUUUGGGAUUGGUAGACGAACGAUACCAGAAUAUAAGUCAGACCCGAAUCUCUCUAAUAUUACUGAGAGCAUGAUACCGUCAAGUCUGCUCGUACGGCAUGGUGCUGUUGACACCUCGAGACACCCCUUGGGGAGAGAAUUCUAUAAGUAAGAUGUCGCGUAAAACGUAGACGC